ACGUGGAAGUACCACAGUCAUGGCUGCCUCUAAGGCUUCUGCGGCCGGCAGCAUCUCCUCGGCCGCCAGCGGCACUAACUUGCUCUUUUCAUCGUCAGCCACCGAAUUCAAUUUCACCGUCCCCUUCAUUCCAGUUAGCCAAGCCCCUGCUCCUUCUCCUGCCGCCUCGGGGCCUGGCCUUCUGCCCGCCGAUGAUACUGCUGAUGUCGGUGAAGAAGACAGCUUUCUAGGCCAGACUUCUGCAAAUCCCAACCCUCCACCAACUUUCAGCUAUUUCUCCCAAGUUCCCAGCAGCAGUGAUCCCUUUGGAAACAUUGGACAGCCACCAUUAGGAGUAACAUCCCCACCUCAAGCUGGAACAUCUGUUUUCUCUAAGCCUCCAGUUUCUCUUCCACUCUUGCCUGGACCACAAGAUGGGUCAAAUGCUUUUUCAUCACCUCUUUCCACUCCACAGUCUUUUAAUACACCAUCUACGUCACUACAAGGAAUUGGUUCUUAUCAAGCUUCCCAGCAGAGCGGUCCUCCAACAACUGGGUUUUCAGCUGCACCUCACGGCACAUCACAGCAAGGCUACAACCCAUAUCGUCAUACUACUUUAAGCAGUAGAGCCAAUCCUUAUAUAACUCCACCUCAGCUCCAACAGACACAGACGCCCACUCAGAAUGUCCAUCCCCCACCCUCCAUGCAGAUGUAUCCAGCUACUCCAGGGCCACUGCCACCAUUUUCAUCACCGCAGCCACCUCAGCCUGCCAUGUCGAGUGCAUUGGUGAAGGCACCUCCUGUGCUGUUACAAAACCCAUAUGAGCCAGUUCAGCCCCACUGGUUUUACUGCAAAGAGGUGGAAAACAAGGAGCUUUGGAUGCCGUUCAGUGUCCUAGAUUCUAGAAAUCUUGAGAAAGUUUAUAAUUCUGUGCAACCUGAUCCAGAGAAUGUGGUAUUGAGUACUGAUGGAGGACGCUAUGAUAUUUAUCUUUAUGACCGAGUAAGGAAAGCUGUAUAUUGGGAGGAAGAGCAAUCUGAAGUGAGACGAUGUACUUGGUUUUAUAAGGGAGAGAAAGACAGCAGGUUUAUUCCUUAUACAGAGGAUUUCAGUGAAAAAUUGGAGGGAGAAUAUAAGAAAGCAGUUACUACGAAUCAGUGGCACCGACGAUUGGAAUUUCCAGGUGGAGAAACUAUUGUUAUGCAUAAUCCUAAGGUCAUCGUUCAGUUCCAACCUUCUGCAAUACCUGAUGAAUGGGGUACCACACCGGAUGGUCAGACCAGACCAAGAGUGGUGAAACGUGGGAUUGAUGACGAUCAUGAGGAAAUUCCAGAUGGUGAGGUAGCUCAAAUUGACCAUUUAGUAUUCAUUGUCCAUGGGAUUGGCCCUGUCUGUGAUAAACGAUUCAGAAGCAUCGUUGAAUGUGUUGAUGAUUUUCGGACCGUAUCUCUGAAACUGUUACAGACGCAUUUCAGAAAGUCGGUGGAAGAGCUGAAAGUGAACAGGGUUGAGUUCCUGCCUGUUCAUUGGCAUACUGCUUUGCAUGGAGAUGCAACAGGGGUGGAUAGGCACAUUAAAAAAAUAACUUUGCCAACCAUAGGACGUCUGCGUCACUUCACCAAUGAGACUCUACUCGAUAUCCUGUUUUACAAUAGCCCCACCUACUGCCAAACAAUUGUGGAUAAAGUAGGAUUGGAAAUGAAUCGUCUGUAUGCACUUUUCAUGAGCAGAAACCCUGACUUUAAAGGAGGAAUCUCUGUUGCUGGUCAUAGUUUAGGUUCUUUAGUAUUAUUUGACAUAUUGUCCAACCAAAAAGAGUGUUCUUCCCCAGCUAAUUCUGUGAUUCCAGUUGCUGCCAAUGGUAUUGUGAAGGAUGUGGCUGAAUGUGACCAUCAGGCGACAGUAGAUUCCAAUUCUACUAGUUCCUUGCUUUCUCUUUCAAAUGAUGAUCAUGCUAUUGAGGACGAUGCUCCAACCUUGGAAAGAACUCUGGAAAUGCUUAGCUUAUCAGAAUACAUCAGCACAUUUGAAAAAGAGAAGAUUGACACAGAAUCUCUGCUGAUGUGUACAGUUGAUGACCUGAAGGAAAUGGGAAUACCUCUUGGGCCACGAAAGAAAAUAGCAAACUUUGUAAAAGACAGAGCAGCCAAACAGGAACAGAGAAAAGCUGCACUGGAGAAAAAGGCAGCAAUGAAUGCCUUCGCACGGAACCAGGAAGAAGCUGCCCAGACAGUAAAGAAAGUGGCUAGUUUUCCUGAAUCUUCUGAAUCUGAUAUGCCUCAGGAUACAUCCAAACGAAGACUUCCAGUUGGAGCCUCUGUUUCAUCUGCACACAUAAACUAUGACUGUUUUGAAGUUGGUACUGGUCAGGUUUCUGUGGUAUACAGCACACUUGACUUCGAGCCAGACAUUUUCUUUGCUAUGGGUUCUCCAAUUGGUGUACUUCUCACAGUAAGAGGAGUGAGCAAAAUUGAUGAAAACUACAGGCUCCCCACAUGCAAGGGAUUUUUCAACAUUUAUCAUCCGCUUGAUCCAGUGGCUUACAGGCUAGAACCUAUGAUUAUUUCUGACUUGGACAUAAAACCUGUUCUCAUUCCUCAUCACAAAGGCAGGAAAAGACUUCACCUUGAAUUAAAAGAUUCUCUCUCUCGUAUGGGAUCAGAUCUAAAACAGGGUUUUAUUAGCUCUUUGAAAAGUGCUUGGCAAACCCUUAAUGAAUUUGCACGUGCUCAUACCUCCUCUACUCAGCUUCAAGCAGAAUUGGAGAAAGUGGCUCAUCAGAUCAAAGAAGAGGAAGAAAAAGAAGCAGAAGCAGAAAAAAAUGUUGAAAGCCCAGAUCUUUCUAAAGAUGAAGACUUGAGUAUAAAAAUUGGUUCGCUAAAUGGAGGCCGCCGUAUUGAUUAUGUUCUGCAAGAAAAGCCCAUUGAAAGUUUUAAUGAAUAUCUGUUUGCUUUGCAAAGUCACUUGUGCUAUUGGGAAUCAGAAGACACUGCUUUGCUUCUCCUGAAAGAAAUAUAUAAAACUAUGAAUGUUUCUCCAGAACAGCCGCAACAUUGAUGUAUGGAUGGAUACUUAUCAUUCAAAAUGUCAUUUCUAAUCUUUCUUCAGACUUGCCAACUAUCUUUUGAGGAGGCAACACCAAUUCCCUAGCCACAGAUGACAGAAGUGUGCUUGGUCCACAGCCCUCAGAUUCUAUACUGCCUUUUGGUUUCAUUCUGGGGUGUGGGGGUGUGUGUGGGGGGGGGGAGAAAUGGGUAGGGGGAAAAGAGAAUCAAGUCUGCUCUUCAGAGUGCAUACAACUUUUUUUCCCAGCCUUGAAUCAUUUGUGGAAUAAUUGCCAAACAUAAACAAUCCUUCAAGAAAUCUGUGGCAUGCAAUUUAAUCUGUCUUGGUCAGCAAAUUUAUCAGACCUGUGUUUUCAAUCAGGGCUAGAUAUUUUGUUUAAUCUUUAACAGGACAUAUUAUUGGUAAACAACAACAAUCUUUUGAUUUAUUAAAAAUAUCAUUUUGUCCCAUUUCUUUAAAAUGUGAACUUUAAAGUACUUUAAUACAUAUUUAAUACAUUGAACCAUUUAUAUUUGCUGAAAUCAACAAUUGGAGCCAAUGACUUACAGCUCUUAAGUAUACUGUUAAGAUUUUAUAAAAUCUUCUUGAGAUUCUGAGAGAUUUUUGAGGUUUCUUGUGCUUUUACUUUAGGUAGUAUAGAUUGCUAUUACAACCUGUUUCAGCACUUGCACUUCCUGCUGUGUGUCUUUCUUCCUAAGGAGUAGAAACAUGUUUGUCUUGACAGUGGCGAUCAGGCUUAGGUGCAUGAUUCUGCAUAAGAUUUGGGGACUGAACCUACAGAAAGCAGUGAUUUAUGACUGCAACAGGAGUCUUUUGAGGAUCAGAUUCAGAGCCUCGGCAUUGCCAGGAAUACUCAAGCCUUUUCCAUGUGAAAUAGUGAUCGUUUAACAGAAGCAUCUUUAAACACUGGACUUGCAUAGCAUUUUUGUGUCUGAUUCUCCCCACACUGCACCCAUGCACACAUUUUGUCCAAAAAUGAUAUUGUGAUAGCUUUUAUUUUCUUCUGUUAUACAAAUAGUGGAUUCUUCUGGAUUAGUAGCCUUUUUAAAACUAUAUAACUUUUGUUAGGAGUGGGUGGGAGUCUACAUUAUUUUUGAUCUAGGCAGUGUUCUCUUGCAGAAGGAAGUACAAAAUAUAUGAGGUAAUGGUGUAACUAGAUCCACUUCUGUCUCUGUGGAAUCUAUGCAAUUUAAAAUCUUGCAUAUUCUUUGAUUAACAAAAAAGGUUAAUUGCAGUAUAUUACCUUUAGUUAUUUUAUAACUCUGUAUAAAUAUGUGAUGAGUAUUAAAAGAUACUGUGAUACCAGUGGGCCUUUCCAGCAAACAUUUAUUCUUUCAGUUACAAUAUUCACUUUCUAUCUGAAAUCAACAGGAUGUUCUCUGUGUUGGUUUUUCUCAUUCUGAAUAUUUGGUGCUCCAUUCAUCAAAAUGAGAUUUCACUUCAGUUAUUUGUUAAACUAGAAUGAAUUCUGUCAGAAAAAUAGUAGAUGAAGCAGCUUCUUGUCAGAUAGAAUAACAAGUGGAAAGGCUAUUCAAUAAAUCCUGGAUUAAAGUUGUCUCCAAACAGG